AUGUGUACACUAUCGAACUGGCUAAUAUCACUCUUAGGAGGAGAAGUACCUAGAAACGAUGAUCAGAAUGACGAACCCCCAAUUGUAUCUGCUCAGAAGAUCCUUCUGGCGGCCGAGAAGGCUGGAGUUUUCGCUGUUGCACAACUGAGUGCACCUACAUUGACCAGUGGUGUUGGAAGCGAAGUGUGUGAGCUGCUGGAUGCUCUGACUGCUGCUGCACUGAGUAGUGAGGCGUAUUGUACUACACCGCCAGAAUAUCCGAGAGAGCCCAUUGAAACGUUGGAGUCAUGUGAUGAAUUGGAUGUGACAGACGAUGACGGACAACAAAAUGAAAAUGUUGGAGAGUCAACCACCUCACUGGCUUUUGAGAAUGACGAUGUGUUUUCACGCUGGGUGGUGGUCAAGGAAGAGAAUCAGUAUACAGCAAUGAUCGACGAUAGAGAGAACGCCAUGAUUUAUACCGAUAUUGACCCGGUAGCAUGGGAACUUGAGCGACGACGUAUGCUACCAAAGUUACACGCAGUUCUACAGGAUAAACUCCAGCGACGUCCAGCUGAAAGCUCAUGGCGCGUACGGUUAGAUCUUGUUAAGGCUCAUGCUGAGUUGAUAGUCGCAGGACAGGAAGAUAUGCAGCUUGACAUCGCUCAGAUUCAAGCGACUCGACAGAAGCAGACAGAACAAUUAGAAAGGUACGAGAAGCAGCUGAACAAACGUUUCCUGCGAGCUCGACGGCUGUACGAUGAGAGCACAACACGGUUGGCCAAGUCUCAGGAUCAAAUGCACACCGCUCAGGAGAGUGUGAAUCGAGCUACAUUGGAGAUGGUGAGGCUGCAGGCUGCUCGAUCCGAACUGGCAGAGGCAGUGCAAGAUGCCGAAGAACGACUCACCGACAAUUCGAUGCUUUUAGAGCGAAAGCGACACUCUCCGCCUCACAUUUCUGAGAUUUACAUACUGGAGCUGCCCAUGCCUCCGCGCACGCCAACACCAGCUCAACAAUCUGACUGCGAGUAUGAUGAUACGGGACUGGGCCUGGCGCUGCUGGAACAGGUCGAGCCCUUUCUCACCUUUGAGACCAUCAAAUUCGAGGCAGAAGCGCGUCUUGCAAUGUUCCAGUUCCAUUUUUGCGGUGGCCGCCGCUUUCAGGCCACAAUGAGUUUGGCUGGACCAUUGCAAGACCUUGAGGAUACGCCAGUUGUGCGCAAUGCGCUGCUGCACAUUGGCCUCUGUAUCCUGCCGUGGUUCUGGAUGGGCUACAACUGCAAGUAUAUUCGGAUCGAGGCGGGAUAUCUCAAUUCGGAGCAGGUGCACUUCUGGGAGGAAUUUUACCAGAACGUAUUAAGCGAGUAUCUGUAUUUGCACGGGUUGGAUCGUGAUCGUCUACGCAUUCUCGUAGAUGCAUCAGCUAGUGAUGCUCUUCCAGUGCUUUCAGACAGGAAACUGGAACAGCAAGGCAAGACCAAAGUUCUAGUUCCAUUAGGUGGUGGCAAGGAUUCACUCGUGGUGUAUCAACUGCUAUCGUCGAGUGAAACGCCCUGUGCGUGGCUGCAUGUUGGAGACCGCCCACGGGAGUUUGAACGCAGCUGGAGAUUCAAGAGGAUCAUGAAGAUGACGCAGAACCGUACCGGUGCUUCAGCAUUCCGCUUCGAACACAACAUGGAUGACAAGAUAUGGGAAAGUGAAGUUGCGGGUACGCGAUACCAGCCGGCAGGUCACCCGUGGGCUGCUCUGGUGGCUUUUGACAGCGUACUAGCAGCCAUUUUGGGUGAUUUUACCCAUAUUGCAGUGGGCAAUGAACGUAGCGCCAAUUACGGCAACAACGUUGUCCACGAGGGUCGAGCAGUCAACCACCAGUACGACAAGAGCUUUGACUUUGAGACACGA